GAAUCCAUUAUUAUCUGUUAUUCAAUUUAACAGAUUGUUUAUAAACAAUUUAAUAUUGUUGAGAGAGGUUACACACAUACACGUGCCACCAAACAAUUAAUGAAUUAAUUUGAUUAGGCACCACAGAUAUCUGUCAUACCGAUAAUGUCCAGGUGACAUAAAUAUUGUGUUUAUAUUAAUUAACCACCUGUGAUGAGUACAUACCAGCCAACCAGUGUAAUUUCACUAAUUUAUUAUUAUUUAAAAUAAUAUAUUUUCAUUAAUUUUCAAUGAAAUAUUACAUGAGAAAUGACACAAUCAAAUACAACAUCAAUGUUGCCUGCUCUUCCUAGGCAUUGGGAAAUUUUAAUAAUUUUAGUAGGAUCAUUGUGUUGUAUUAAUUCAUACAAUGGAAAAUUUGUAUUUGAUGAUUCACCAGCAAUCACAACAAACCCAGAUGUCACAACAACUGAAUUAUCAAAAAUUUUUAAAAAUGAUUUUUGGGGGAAUAAACUUACUCAUUAUCAGAGUCAUAGAUCAUACAGACCCUUGACAAUAAUGACAUUUAGAUUUCAUUAUUGGCUAAGAGGACAAUUGGAUCCAGUUGAUUUUCAUAUUGUCAAUUUAAUAUUACAUUCAUUUGUUUGUUUAUUAACUUAUUGGGUUUUUAAUAUAUUAUUAACAAAUAAAUUUAAACAUCUAGCAUUUUAUGCUUCUGCACUUUUUGCUGUUCAUCCAGUUCAUACUGAAGCUGUAUCAGGAAUUGUUGGUAGAGCUGAUAUUUUAUGUACAAUAUUUGUAUGGCUUUCAAUCUUAUUUUACAAUCGUUCUGUAUAUUCAAAUAAUAUAUUAGCAUUAUGUAUUAAUUUAAUUAUAACAAUAAUAUUUAUAACAAUUGCAAUGCUAUGCAAAGAAACUGGUAUAACUGCAAUAGGUAUUUGUGUUACAUAUGAUUUGAUAAUUGUUCAAAAAAAUAGUCUUCAAGAUUUUUUAAAAAUUUUAAAUCUAAAUUGGCUUAAUAAAUCAAAAAUAUACGAUAAUUUUAGAUUUAUCAUACGGAUUUUAUUGUUAACGUUAAUUGGAUUUGUGUUGCUGGCUGUGAGAUUUAGCCUGAUGGGUUUUUCAACACCAAAAUUUCAACCAGUUGAUAAUCCUGCAUCAUUUUUAGACAGUAUUUAUCUUCGUCAUAUUAAUUAUCAUUAUAUUUAUUCAUUAAAUUUUUGGCUAUUAAUUUGUCCAGAGUGGUUGUGUUUCGACUGGUCAAUGGGAUGUGUUCCACUUAUUUCGAAUUUCGAUUUAAGAAUUUUUUUUAUUUUUAUAUUAUGGUUUAUAAUUGGAUUGAUGAUAAGGUUCAUAUGGAUAAGAAAAAAACAUGAAGAUUCAAGAUAUAUGUUGAUGGGAAUUUUGAUGUUGACAAUACCAUUUCUACCAGCAAGUAAUAUUUUUUUUAAUGUUGGAUUUGUCAUUGCUGAACGUACGCUGUAUCUUCCAUCUGCUGGUUACUUGUUGAUAUUUGUAAUUUGUCUUGAUAAAUUAUUUUAUAAACUUGGAUAUUCAAAGCUCAACAUGACGAUAUUUGGAAUACUUUUUAUCACUUGGUUUGCAAGAUCAUGUUCGAGAAGUUCACAGUGGAAUAAUGAAAAUUAUUUAUUCAAUUCAGCAUUGUCAGUGUGUCCAUUAAAUGCCAAGGUUCAUUAUAAUGUUGCAAAAAGUGCAGCAGAUAUGGGAAAUAUUUUAUUAGCUGAAUUAGAAUACAAAGAAGCUAUACGAUUACAUCCAGACUAUGCACAAGCUAUGAAUAAUCUUGGUAACUUACUUAAAGAUCAGGAAAAAUAUAAUGAUGCUGAAAAAUUAUUGAGAAAAGCUGUUGAAAUACAAACAGAUUUUGCUGCAGCUUGGAUGAAUCUUGGAAUUGUUUUAUCAGGACUUAAAAAAUUUAAUGAAUCUAAAGCUUGUUACCUAACGUCAUUAAUUCAUCGACCCAAUUGUCCUGAUUGCCAUUACAAUUUAGGAAUUUUGUAUAUGGAGCAAAAAAAAUUCACGGAAGCUUUAGAAUCAUGGUCAAAUGCAAUAAAACAAAAAACCAAUCAUAAACGUGCUUGGACAAAUUCAAUAAGACUACUUGAUGACAUGGGAAUGACAGAAAAAGCACUUGAAAAAGGAAAAAUAGCUGUUAAAUUAUUUCCAAAUGAUGCAACAAUUCGUCUAAACAUUGCAAAUAUAUUAGGAAAAAUAGGAAAUUUUGAAAAAGCUGAAAUUGAAUUUAAAAAUUCUUUAAAUCUUGAUUCAACUAAUCCAUCAAUUUACACAAAUUUAGGAGUUCUUUAUCAUCGAUGGAAUAAAUAUGAAUUAGCAAGACAAAUGUAUAAUAAAGCACUUGAUAUAAAUCCAAAUGCAAAUACUGUAAAAAUAAAUUUAAAAAAACUCGAUAAUUUAUUGUACAAACAAAAGCUUAAAAAUAUAACUUAA